GUCGCCUCUACCUUCGCUGCUCAGCACAUACCCUGGAGAACAACCUCUGAGGACAUAAAAAAGGCACCGUUCUUCUCUUGAGAUAAACGCUCCGAAUUCAGGAUUACCCUUAGCUCCUGCAAAACGUUUUCCUUUAACUUCUGCAAAGAACACACACAGAGGAUCAGAGGAUGGAUCUCAGCAGCAUUGUGUCUCUGCUGGCGCUCUUCUCUCUCAACAAGCUUUUGGCGGACGCAGCAUCCGAGGAUGACAACAAGCACCGGGCUCACCUUAGCGAUCCCCAGUGGAUGCUCAACCGGAUUGCCACGGCCCAGUUUCAGUGUUUUCAGAGGAUCGUAACAGAAUCUCAUCGCAAAAUGAAAACCGCUGGACCAGUGUGCAACACAACAUGGGAUGGAUGGCUGUGCUGGGAAGACACAGAACCUGGAGUGAAACAACAGAGUUGUCCAGACUACUGGCAUGAUUUUGACACACAAGCAAUGGCAGUAAAAGUGUGCACAGAGAGCGGCGAGUGGGGACGAAACCCAGUGAGCAAUAGAACGUGGACAGACUUUAAUAGCUGCAAACAUAACGUUACGACCUGGACGUCUGCAGCAAUGACCCACUUCUAUUUGGUCAUGAUUGGUCAUGGACUGUCCCUCAUAUCGCUCCUCAUUUCAUUAGGAAUAUUCUUCUAUUUUAAAACUUUGAGCUGCGAGAGGAUAACACUUCACAAAAAUCUUUUCCUUUCAUUUGUCCUAAACUCAGUGAUUACUGUGACAUGGUUCUGUGUGAAUAAGGAGAAUUCGCUGAGUAGUCAGGGAAGCUGUAAGCUUCUCGCAUUCAUCCAAAUGUACACAAUGGGUUGUAACUACUUCUGGAUGCUUUGUGAGGGCAUCUACCUGCACACUCUGAUUGUUGUGGCUGUGUUUGCAGAGAAACAGCAUCUUAUGUGGUAUUAUCUUUUAGGAUGGGGUUUCCCUCUUGUGCCAGCUGUAAUAUAUUCAAUAGCACGUACAUGCUACUACAAUGACAAAUGCUGGUUCAGCUCGGCUACUUCCUUGCUGUACAUAAUUCAUGGUCCCAUCUGCGCUGCCUUAGUGGUGAAUUUCUUCUUCCUUCUAAACAUCAUUCGGGUUAUCAUCACCAAACUGCGAGUGACACAUCAGGCUGAAUCCAGUCUCUAUAUGAGGGCCGUGAGGGCCACCCUCAUCCUCAUCCCCCUGCUGGGCAUCCAGUACGUCCUGCUUUCGUACAAGCCCCAUGAUCACUGGAUUUAUGAGAUCUAUUUAUACAUCAUGAACAUCCUCAUGCAUUACCAGGGUCUUCUGGUUUCUACGAUAUUCUGCUUCUUCAAUGGGGAGGUUCAGACUGUUCUCAGGAGACAAUGGAAUCUACUGCGGAUGCAGUCUGCCGGUACUUUUGCCAACCCCGAGUUUUUCCGCUCAGCCUAUUACGUGGCAUCGUCGCUCACCGAAGUCCAUCGCUGCUAUAGUAUCGAAAGCCACACCGAGCACAUAAACGGCAAGAGCUACUCGGACAUAUUCAGAUCAGAAAGCCCUUAUGUGUAAAAAAAAAAAGAGUUAACAUUCAACUCUUAAACUUUUCAAAGAGAGGAGCUUUCUUUGAGUUUUGGACUUGGUCAAGACAACUAGCUCAGAACUAGCUCUCUUGAAAAAUAGACCUGUCAGACAUGAGCAACAUAAAUAAAUAAAUAAAUAAAUAAUCA